CAUUAAAAAAAAAAAAGAAACCACUUCAUACCCACUAGGAUGUCAACAGCUAUAGUCAAAAAGAGAUAAGUGUUGGCAAGGAUGUACAGAAAAGUGGAAACCUCAUAUGUUGCUGUUGGGAAUGUAAAAUAAUGCAACUGUUUUAGAAAACUGUGGCAGUUCCUCAAAAGGUUGAUGGAGUUACUAUACAACCCACCAGUUCCACUCCUUGUUGUAUACCCAAGAGAAACAAAAACAUGUCUGUACAAAAACUUGAACAUAAAUGUUCAUGACAAUAUUAUUCAUAAUAGUCAAAAGGUGGAAACAACCCAAAUGUCCAUCAACUGAUGAAUGGGUAAAUAAAAUUGGUAUAUCCAUACAAUGGAAUAUUUUUUGGCAAUUAAAAGGAAUGAAAUACUGACAUAUGGUACAUGGAUGAAGCCUGAAAACACUAUAUGCUAAGUGAAAGAAGGCAGUCACAGAGGACCACAUAUUGUAUGAUUCUGUUCACAUGAGAUGUUCAGAAUAGGCAAACCCAUAGAGGCAGAAGUAAAUUGGUGGUUUCCUAGGACUGAGGGAAUUGGGGGGAAAUGGGCAAUGACUAAUGGGUAAAAGGUUUCUUUCUGGGGUGACUAAAGUGUAAAAUUGAUUGUUAUGAUGGCAACACAAAUCUGUGAAUACAUACAUUAAAAGCCAUUAUACACUUUAAAUUGGUGACUUGUAUGACAUGUAAAUCAUGUCAAUAAAGCUGUUUAAAACAAAACAAAACAAAAAACCCGAAGAACUGUGCCAGACACAAGGGUACCAACCUGCUCUCAAAGAAUUUAAUACUGUGGCAGAGCCAUAAACAUGUUUAUAUUAAAAAGUUAUGUGCUAAGGUACAGACGUGUAUGAAGAGUUAUGUGAGCACAAAGUAGGGCAUCUGAACCCGACUGGAGAAUCUGGAGAUGUUUCCAUUUGGUGGAAAAUGAUGCCUGAGCUGAAUCUUGAAGGAAAACAAAAGUUAGCCAGGUGAAGUCAAGUGGAACAAAGACCAGCAAAGACAGGUUUGUGUUGAACAAAGAACUGGGAGAAGUACUAGGAGUAAUCUGAUGUUUCUAAUACGGCAAAGUACAAGGAGAGUGCCGAGCCCAUCGCAAAGAAGCUUGGAUAAUAACAAUAAUAAAUUCCUAAGUGAACUAUUAGUUACACCUUAAAAAAAAAAAAAAAAAAAAAAAGGUCGCCCCGCUUCGCCCCAGCUCUGCACAGGUACGACAAACAAGCGAGUACCGCGAGGCGGAACGGAUUUUGCGGGCGAUGGGGGCACGUUUCCGGAACGGACCGGGGAAAGGAAGUGUGUUACUUUAUCGAGGGCACCCACUCCCGGCUUCCUCGGGGAUGGUGCAGGGUGCUUCGUGUCACUGCUUCCCCGGCCUGGCCUGAGCACUUGGGUCUCCGGUGAAGGGCGGAGGUAGCCGCAAGCUCGGGACCUGCUUGUUUCUCUGGCGGACACCACGGGCUGACCGUGGUCGCUGCUCUUUGGCUGCUCUUGCUGACCUUGGCCCAGGGUCGGAGCCGAUGGCGUCUUGGGCCGCUGUCAGCCUAAGCAGAGUUCCUGCCCGGUGCUUGUGGGCGCAAGGCCCCGGUGUCCGGGCGGCUCUUCCGUCCACCCUCGCGGCCUCCCAGCCUGAGCCCACAGGCUGCAACCCCGCUCCGGGCAGGACGCUGCACCUCAGCGCGGCCGUCCCCGCAGGGCACAACAAGUGGUCCAAAGUCCGGCAUAUCAAGGGUCCCAAGGACGCCGAAAGGAGUCGCAUCUUCUCCAAGCUCUGUUUGAGCAUCCGCCUGGCGGUUAAAGAAGGAGGCCCCAACCCUGAACUCAACAGCAGUCUGGCCAACAUCUUAGAGGUGUGUCGCAGCAAGCACAUGCCCAAGUCAACGAUUGAGGCAUCACUGAAAAUGGGGAAAACCAAGGAUGUUUAUUUGCUGUAUGAGGGCCGAGGCCCUGGUGGCUCUUCCCUGCUCAUUGAGGCAUUAUCCAACAGUGGCUCCAAGUGCCAUUCAGACAUCAGACAUAUCCUGAACAAGAACGGGGGAGUGAUGGCUGAUGGAGCCCGCCACUCCUUUGACAAAAAGGGGGUGAUCGUGGUUGGAGUGGAGGACCGAGAGAAGAAAGCCGUGAACCUAGAGCGUGCCCUGGAGAUGGCAAUUGAAGCAGGAGCUGAAGAUGUCAAGGAAACUGAAGACGAAGAGGAAAAGAACAUUUUUAAAUUUAUUUGUGAUGCCUCUUCACUGCAUCAAGUGAGGAAGAAGCUGGACUCGCUGGGCUUGUGUUCUGUGUCCUGUUCGCUAGAAUUCAUCCCCAACACAAAGGUGCGGCUCGCUGACCCCGACCUGGAGCAGGCUGCCCUUCUCAUUCAGGCUCUUGGCAACCACGAGGAUGUGAUCCAGGUCUAUGACAACAUUGAGUAACCAGGCUGUAUGUGCCCAUGAGGUCCUUCCUAGGCAACUGGCAGCCCUUUCUGGAGCACAGGCUUUUGCAGCGUACUCUGAGACUGAAGCAGAUUGGAGACCUAGCAGCUUAGGAGACACAAAACCAAGACCUGCAGCCCUUUGAGGCCAAGGGAAUCACUACAUCUCUGUGGGGCCACUUUGUCAGUUCUGCUGAUGUCUUAUAGCCCUCCUGGAUGCAGGGUGGAAACAGCCAGCUAAUCAGACUCUGAUCUCAGGGAAGGAUAAGUGCCCUGAGGACCCAGGUACUAUAAACUACUUUUUUUUUUUUUUUUUAAGAGAGAGAGGGAGAAUGCCUGAGCAAGGUAGAGGGGCAGAGGG